GCCGCUCUAUUGCAGCUGGAUCAGCAGCAGUAACCACGUACGCAGCACACACAGUCUACCCCUGUUGGGAACGGUGAAGAUUUCGUGCCCGAUACCUCCGAUUACCUUGGAAGUUCUAGUUGUAGUUGGUGGUGACAUUGGACCACUCGUAGAAAAGCCGAAAGUGGUCCUCCGCAAUGAUGCGCCUACUGGUGUUUGUGCUGUGCGUGCAGAGUCUCUCGCAGCUCCUGCCGUCCGCUCACGCGAAGCCUGACUUUGGCAUCAAGCUACCGAUCAAGAGCAGUGGGAAGGUGUCCACUGCAGCACAGAAUGCGCAAACCGUACUGCUGGCGGCGGACGAUAACACCCCGUACAUGGUAGAAGCCAACUACAAGGGGCUGCAGGAGCUGGCCAACAUUACGGUGCGCGUUGCCACCGACCUGGUGACGAUCGGUAGCGACCUCGUCCCGAACGUGACCGCCCUGGUGUCGGACGUGUCCGGCAAUAUGUCAGACGCGUUCGCGACCAUGUUCACGAGCAUCAACACUACCAAGGAAGCGAUCAGCACCAAGCUACCGAUAGCGAUCGCGGACAUUAAGGCCGUGUUCAAGACGCACUUCGCCAGCGAAGGGCUCGACUACAUACCGAAACAGUUUAGCGACGGCUUCCGCCGCAUCGUGCUCGGGCUGAACGACCUGACGGCGAAACUGCAAACCCUCCGGCUGGCACUGGACACGGCCGGCACGCAAGCCGGCGGUGUGACCGAGCUGACCGAGGCGCUCGUGAAGCAGUACGUCAAACCCGCAUUCAUUUACGAAGUCGUGUUCUCGAUCAACCAGCUGAAGGCGUACCUGCCUGUUAUUAAGUACACGAUCGACAGCACGCUCGAGAACAUUAACCUGGCCGAUGACUAUCUGCUGCUGGUGCAGAAAGCGUCGAACCAGUCGGCCGACGUGUCCGGGACGGUGUUGGCGUCCGUAAAGAACGUAACGGAUGCGCUGGCGAUCGAUGUGAAAGCGGGAGUUGACAGUUACGCCCUCGAGUACAGUGGCGUCGCAGCCGACAUCCAGAAUCUGACGCACAUAACUGCCGCGCCUGCAUUCAGCAACGUUACCGGUGCGCUGUCCAGCUUCCGGGAAGUGUUCAACAAAACGCAAACUAAGCGCUACACAGCGAUGGACGAUCAGCUUCAGACGCUUCUCAAUACCAUCGCGAACGCUCUGUCCGCUGGCAAUGCAACGACGAACGUGUCCUCCCCCCUGCUCGACAGUCUCAUCCUGACCGUGAUCGAGAAUGGCAAGUAUGCGCAGUUCUGUUUCAACAAGUACAUGGGCCUGGUGUUUGGUUUCCUAACCUCGCUCUCGGACAACUCGGCGCUCUGUGUGGACAAGGAGAUCACACGGCUGGAAUAUCUACAGGACACGCUAGCCACAGUGAGGAUUCUACUGCCGCCGGACUACGAAGACUUGUUCAAUGAGCUGAGCAUCUGCGACUCACUCACGUCACCGGACAAGCUGAAUGAAUGCGUUCAAGCGCUUUCCGGCUUCUACGCUGAGGUGGUGGCGAACUUUGACCUCAAGAUGCAGUACCUGUUCGAGCUGAUCGAAACGGAAGCGGCGGCAAGCGCGAAUCGGUUCCUGAUCUGCAACGAGCUGGCCAAGGUGAAUCUGGUUGAGUUUACCGAAACGGAUCUGAUCAACAGCAUCCGGGCCUGUGCCUUGACGGGCCCCACAGCGGACGACUAGCGCCUCACCCAAUGAGAUGAGCACCCCGACGGUACCCUUAGACAAGAGUUGGUUUUGGAAAUAAAGCGGCACACGAUAUCA